CCGUCUCCAGCUCCGGCUCAGCCGCUUCCGUAGGGCGGAAGGAAGGAAGGCGGAAGGAAGGGAAGGCGGCGGCGGUGGCGGCCGAGCAGCGCCCAUUUCCCCGGUGGCCAUGGAGCCCGAGACCCGCAGCGUCCAGAUCGAGUUCCCUCACUACGCAGCCGUCCUGCUGGAGUCGCUCAACAAGCACCGCCUGGAGGGCAAGUUCUGCGACAUCGCCAUCCACGUCCAGGGCCGCAUCUUCCAGGCGCACAAGAGCGUCCUGGCCGCCUCCUCGCCCUACUUCCACGACAAGCUGCUCCUGCACGACACCAACUGCAUCGUGCUGCCCGGCGUCAUUGAGCCGGACGCCUUCGAGAACCUCCUGCAGCUCAUCUACUCGGGGCGCCUCAAGCUGCUCCUGGAGGCCCUGCCCAGCCACCUCCUGGUGGCCAGUGGGCUCCAGAUGUGGCAGGUGGUGGACCAAUGCUCGGGGAUCCUCAAGGAGCUGGAGGGCAGUGCCUGCCGGCCUUGGUCCAGCCGCGCCAGCGAGAGCCAAUCGCCCAGCAGCAGCAACUACUUUGGCUCCAGGGACGAGGCCGAGGCCGAGGCUCCUGGGCGGCGGCGGCGCACCUGCCCCGACGGCGAGGUCCUGAAGAUCCGCGUGCCUCCUGACGAAGAGGACGAGGAGGAGGAGGAGGAGGAGGAGCACCAGGCGCCGAUCUGCAGCGGCUCCACCGACGGGCCGGCAAAGGCCGAGGAGAGCCGGGCCAAGGAGCCGCACGAGGCACCCAAGAUCUUCUACAUCAAGCAGGAGCGCUUUGACGCUGAGGAGGCGGCCCCUUCGGCCUCGGGGCUGGGCGGGGCCGGCACCAGCUCCUGCCUGUCGGAGGCUGGCUUCUUCAAGUCUCUGGGCAGGCCGCUCGCCGCGUCGGGGCUGUGCCCGGCCGAGAUCCAGGAGAGCGGCGAGGUCAGCUACCUGCUCCCUGGCACCGCGGUGGCAUCCUCGUCCUGCGGCCCCGGCGGCGGCUUCUCGGCGAAGGCGGACUCGGUGGCCUUCCCGGAGAGCUCGUGGAAGCCCGUGGACCUCCACGGGAACGAGAUCCUGGCGCACGCCGUGCACGGGCAGGUGGUCCACGCGCCCGUCAAGCUGAUGUCUGCGCCCGACGGCAAGAAGUUUGGCUGCCUGUGCGGGAAGCGCUUUGCGGUCAAGCCCAAGCGGGACCGCCACAUCAUGCUGACCUUCAGCCUGCGCCCCUUUGGCUGCUCCGUCUGCAACAAGAAGUUCAAGCUCAAGCACCACCUGACCGAGCACAUGAAGACGCACGACGGCAACCUGUACGCCUGCGAGGACUGCGGGCGCAAGUUCCGCGUCCAGAGCUGCUUCCUCAAGCACAAGGAGAUCUGCAAGGGGCAGGGCUGGGCCACCGCCUGCUGGACCUACAAGUAGAAGCAGGGGGGGAGGCCCACCCAGAGAUGGGAAGCCCUGUGGACCUUCUUAGGGGCACAGAGGCGGGUGUGGGGGUCAGGGGGCCAGAGUACCUGGGGUGGACAGGGCGCCUCACCCUGUGCUGGGGGGCGAUGGCAUGGACACAACCAAAGACCCCCCCCCUCCCCAGCCCCGUCUCUUUGGGGAUCAGGCUGGGCGUGAAAUGCAGGGAGCGAAGGGUUAAGCCCCUAGGGGUGGGGGUGCUCUCCUUCCUGGGCAGCCAACUGGCACCUGCCCGCCCCGCCCCCCCCCCCCCGGCAUGUAAGCUGUGGGGCCUUGCAGAGGCCUGCUCUUCCUGCCCCACCUUCCUUUGAGGGAGAGUCUCUGCUCUCCCCCCCCCCACUUCCCUGCCUCAGUCUGGACCCCAUUUAAAACCCAAUUUAAUGCACAAUUCUAAAAUCCACCUUAAAACCUCACGAUUUACACAGGCCGGCUGCUGGAUGAGGCCACGGGAAGCCCCUCUCAUCCAGCACCUCCAACUGCUCCAGGGAGGAGGCAGGGGGCAGAGAGAGGCCUCCCCGGCUGCUGCCCUCCCUGGUCUUCUGAGGUGGACUGGCUCGGGACGUGGAGGCUCCAUUGUGGCCUCGCCCUGCUCUUCCAUUUGGGUGGCCGGCCUGCCCCACGGCCCUGUGCCAGAGGCGGCCGCUGGGGCUACACCCCAAAGCGCACCUGUCGCAGGUUCCUGGGGCCCCGGGCUGCAACCCUCCCCUGCUGCUCUGCCCUCAAUGGGGGGCCGUGCCAAUGGAGGUUGCGUGGCCCUGCUCCCCCCUUUCCACAGCCUGACAUGGUCAAGGACUAGAUGAGCUUUGGGGGUCCUGCCCAGCCCUGGUGUAUGAUUUCCCCAUGGGAUAAUGAACUAGCUGCCUAGCCUUUCUGCAAGCUGCUUCUGAGAGGAGCUGGGCAGGAGUCGUUGGGCUGGGGAAGGGCUUGGCGGGAAGAGGAGCCCCUCGGGUUCCUCCUGGCCCUCCGGCCGACCGGCCCAGGGGUCUGGCCCUCAGGGCUGCCAGGAAAGGCAGGCGCCUGGUGGCUGCAGGGAGGGCAGCCGGCAGCCAUGGAACCACAACAUUUCAGGGGGUCUCCAGGGCCCUUUCUCCAGAAGAGCCAGCAGGCGGCAGGUGCCCCCCCCCCCAGCUGUGUGCAGAAGGACAGGAAGGAGAGGCGCCGUCUCCGCGGGAAGCGCGGGACCCUAGUGUGGUUGCGGACGCUCAGUCCCCAGCAUCUCCAGGCCCCAGGUCCGAAAUCCAGAAGAGCUUCUGCCAGCCAGUGUCGGCAGCCCAGGGUUAGCCAGACCCAAUGGCCUUGGCUCUGUCUAGGGUGGCUCCUCAUUCCCCCCCCCCUCCCCAUGUUCAUAUGCUGGGAUAGCUCAGUCAGUAGAGCAGGAGUCCUGCGUUGGAGUGGGCCGGGCGCCAUGAGCUCGAUGGUCCCGCCUGACUCUGUGAUUCUAUCCUGACUUCCAACGCUUCCCAAAACUGCAGAGGGGGAAACUGAGACUGGAUGUAGAAAUAAUACUAUGUUUAUUAUUUUAUUCUCUAUACGGCUUCCAACAGAGAUGAAAGCAUAACCAAACAUCACGCAUGGAAAACUUCCUUGUACAGGCAGCUCCAAAGCUGUUUUUGCUAUUAGAGUAGUGGAGUGGAUCUGGGUAGGGAGGAGAGAUCCUGGAGUCGCGGCAGGAAGAGGCAGGGCGGGUCUCCCCCCCCUUUUUUUUGAAAGGAGGCUUACCGUAAUUUAUUACAUAAAAAGAGAGGAAAGUGAUAAAUACAAGGACACAAAAACCACAGGAGAAGACUCUCUUCUCCCAUGGAAUGAGGUUCAAACCCAAGGAGAAUAUUCCCAACAAUAUAACGCCACAGUCACGAAGGAGCCCCUUCCAGCAUAGAAUCAUAGAAUCGUAGAGUUGGAAGAGACCACAAGGGCCAUCCAGUCCAACCCCCUGCCAAGCAGGAAACAUCAUCAAAGCAUUCCUGACAGAUGGCUGUCAAGCCUCUGCUUAAAGACCUCCAAAGAAGGAGACUCCACCACACUCCUUGGCAGCAAAUUCCACUGCCGAACAGCUCUUACUGUCAGGAAGUUCUUCCUAAUGUUUAGGUGGAAUCGUCUUUCUUGUAGUUUGAAUCCAUUGCUCCGUGUCCGCUUCUCUGGAGCAGCAGAAAACAACCUUUCUCCCUCCUCCAUAUGACAUCCUUUCAUAUAUUUGAACAUGGCUAUCAUAUCACCCCUUAACCUUCUCUCCUCCAGGCUAAACAUACCCAGCUCCCUAAGCCGUUCCUCAUAAGGCAUCAUUUCCAGGCCUUUGACCAUUUUGGUUGCCCUCCUCUGGACACGUUCCAGCUUGUCAGUAUAAUUCUUGAUCUGGGCGCGUCUUUUUGAGGAGUCCCCAAGGUUCAGAGGCACAGAGGACCCCUGCAGCCGGAUCAGGCCGGUGGCUCCUCUGGGUCAGCACCCUGCUCGCAUCGCGGCGAAGCACGGGCCCCAAA